AUGGGCAGCACAGCAGGGCCGGGGAAGGGCUUUUACAGGGGCAUCAGUGAUGUUACAGGUAUAAAUGACAUUAUACGCAACAGUAUCAUGAACAGUGUCGGAAAACGGGCCAAAGUCAUUACUAGUGAUGAUGUCUUUGUCAAUGGUGUCAUUCAUAUCAGUGGCACCAGUGCUGGGUGUCUCUGUUCCCUCAGUGUGCUGACAGAGGUUCUGCCAGGGCCCCCAAUCAUUCUGGAUGCCUACGAGGGGGCCCUGGAGCUGGGAAAGGAGCUAGACCUGGCCCCAGGGCCACUCUCAGCCCUGCUGGCCAUCAUGCGCCGCACCAUUGCCAUGUGCACAGAGACACCCCUGCCUGAUGUGGAGGAGUGCUACACCUACUUCAGCGAGCUGCUGUUGCGCCACACUGUGCAUUGCCCCCCAGUCAGUGUGGCCAUGUUUGGGCUGAGCCAGGUGGCCCGCAUUGCAUCCCACGUCCUCGACACGGUCCUUCGUCACACCAAGCUCUACGCCUACGUCCUCACACCCCAGGUCUGCCUUGACCUCACCCUGGUGUAUGUGGGAGGCCCCGAGAAUUGCCAAGAGGGAGAGGAGCCCACCAUUCUCCCGCAGGAGGAGGAAGGAGAGACCCCUGGGAAUCCCAAUACAGGGUCUCUGUUACAGGAGGUGGCAGUGGCUAAGCUUGUCCAAGUGAUUCCGGGAGAGAGCCAGGAGGUGCAGACAGGGCUCCUGUGUACUCAGAAUUAGCUUGGGACCUACCUUCCCC